AUGUUUACUAGUUUCACUGAUCGUCACUGUGCCGAUAUUGUUGCAGGAUGUGGGUGUGGGUGUGGGUGGGUGUGGCUGCAGAUCAUCUUACACAAACACACAAGCACAUAUUCCACCAACCACACCCACACCCCGCGCCCUCAAGAUAGUAUUGUUCUUAUCGAAGCACUUGAUCUCGUUUGUGUUGCUGACAGAGUAAAUGGACGAAUUGUUUAUUCCGAUGAUGAAAUUAAUGAUGAUGAUGGUGAUGAUGAAACAAACGAAAAUAAUCAAAGUCAAGUUAAAGCUAUUAUUGAUCAUCCAUUAAUGAGAACUGUAUAUGCUAUUCAUUAUGAUCCAAUUAUAUACCGUCUUUAUGCAGUUAGUGGCAGACUUGGACAAAGUCACGCCAUGGGUUUUACAUUUAGUGUUCAUCCUGAAUCAUUUGGCCAAUCAAUCACUACAUGGGAACCAAAUGAUAAAUUUGGUGAUCCACACGAUUUGGCUUUAAGCGUCAAUGGUCGUUCAUUAUACGUUGGAGAAAUUCGUCCUAAUCGUAUUGAUUCAUUUAAUGUUCUCAAUUAA